CUCCCAACUUAAUAAUUUUUCCCCAAACAGAGAGACGUUUUAGCCGGCACAGUCAAAGAAAGCGAUUGCCAAUCCAAGCUAAUUUGUGAUUCAUCCGGCAUUGCCAUUACUUGCGGCUAUCAAUGGCAGGUUUAAGAUGGCCUCCUGAUGAUUCCGAUUUACCCCACCAGCGGGCACCGGCCUCGGGGGACCUGAUCUCGGACGAUGACCGCUCGGUGGCUGCAGACUCGUGGUCAAUAAGGAGUGAGUACGGGAGCACGCUUGACGACGAUCAACGCAACGUUGAUACCUCUGAAGUCCUCUCCAGUGGAAACUUACGACCUGCUUCCGAUUACAGUUCAGAUAAGGAUGAGCCAGAUGUUAAUGAGGACGAGACAUCGAUGCUUGGCUUACAAAGCUAUUGGAAUGCUUCUUAUGCUCAGGAUCUUGCAAAUUUUCAUGAACACGGCCAUGCCGGUGAAGUAUGGUUUGGAGCUGAAGUCGUGGCCACUCUUGUGGCUUGGACCAAAAACCUAUGUCUCAAUAUGCUCCGAGAUCAGAUUGCAGUUGUUGAUGACAGUGAUGGUAGAUAUGCAUCAGUUGAUAUAUCCAAACAUUUAUCUGGCUGGAGUGUUUUGGACAUAGGAACUGGGAAUGGUUUGCUACUACAAGAGCUUGCAAAGAUUGGGUUUUCUGAUUUGACUGGAACUGAUUAUUGUGAAGGAGCAAUUGACCUUUCAAGGAAUCUUGCAGCCCGCAAUGGAUUUUCGCUAAUAAAAUUUUUGGUCGAUGAUGUACUGGAGACAAAAUUGGACAAUAAAUUUCAUCUAGUUAUGGACAAGGGUACCUUGGAUGCCAUUGGUUUGCAUCCAGAUGGUCCAGUUAAGAGGCUCAUGUAUUGGGAUUCGGUUGCCAAACUGGUAGCUCCUGCUGGAAUACUGGUUAUUACAUCAUGCAAUAACACAAAAGAUGAACUGUUGCAAGACAUGGAAAAUUUUAAUGAGAGAAGGCUCAGCUCCAACGGCCAGGCACGAGAUGAGGGUAGCAGGGGCUAUUUGUUCAAGUACAUUGAUCAUGUCAGAACAUAUCCGUCCCUCGUGUUCGGCGGCGUGGAAGGAACUCGAGUGUCCACUGUUGCUUUUCUGAGGACAUGAGCCUGAAAUAUGAACCCAUCUUUUCCCUUCUUUAAUAUCUAGUAUGCAUCUGUAAGACUGGUUAAAUUUGCCAUCUUUAUCAAAUGAUCCUACAUGUUCUAUAGUUGUUAUAAAGUGAUGUGUUGUUAAGGUCAAUGUUAUGAAUGAAAACGUGAUACAAACACGUAGAAAAUCUCAUUAUAGCUUGUUGUCUAGCAAAUCAAUUCGGUCUGAA